GGUCGUGUUCGGUAGAGAAAAAAAAUACAUUUCAAACUACCCAUCUCGGCGGUAGCUUGACAGUGACGAAAUCCAGUGAUCUAUAUAAAACUCUCGUGCGAUUAUCGAAAUAAAUAUUAAAAAUCAUGAAUGUGACCACAGCCAAGGUCGUGUCGAUGCUGGCGCUGGGCUUAGGGAGUUUCUUUGGUGGUAUGUUGCCUUCAUGUUUUUCGGAAAGCGCAAGACAACGGCACCCUCUCGUGCUAUCCUGCCUCCUCUGCUUCGGUGGUGGAGUGCUUCUGGCCACUUCCCUCGUCCACAUGCUGCCAGAAGCAAGGGAAAAAUACCCUAACUACUCAGAACUAAUGGUCUGCAUUGGUUUCUUCAUUGUUUACUUGGUUGAUGAGAUAUUCCAUCUGUGUUCCACUGAAAUCAAUCAUGGAAGUCCGGCCAAUCAGGGCUUGAGAUAUGGAACUGAGAGAUCGUCUUUGCUGAAUCGCGAUGGAGAAUUGAGAGAACGAUGCCCCGGUGAGGUGGAUAACCCUCAAAUGUGCCACGUGAGUCAUACGGCUCCUUGCAAUAGGAGUUCAUCAGGAACAAUAGGAUUGCUAUGCGCUCUCUUCGUUCACAGCCUACUGGAAGGUCUGGCUAUUGGUCUUCAAGAGGAUGGAACUCAGGUGCUGCUUCUGCUAGGAGCUGUCGCCUCUCACAAGUUUGUCGUGGCGUUUUGCCUCGGCGCUGAGCUGUGCGCCAGUCUGCCAGGUCGGAUGUGCGCCCAAAUGGUGUGCAUCCUUAUAUUCAGCGGUGGCUCCGUCGCCGGAAUCGGCAUGGGAGCUGCCUUGGAAAAUGUCAGAACACUCAAAGAUUCUGUGGCGGUACCGAUUAUGCAGGCACUUGCGGCGGGAACACUGCUUUACGUGACUGUGAGCGAAGUUCUUCCACGAGAGAGAGCAAAUUGGCACGAACGCAAGAGCACCGCUGGUAUUGCACAAUUUACAGCAGUAGCAGUCGGCUUCGCGGCUAUGUAUUUGUGCACUGUAUUCUUAGAUCAUGACGGUUGA